AUGGGUUUUGGUUCAACUUCUGCUUAUUCUAAUAAAAGGCACUACCUUUUAGUUUUCUUCUUCCGUUUCUUGUUUUGGGCUUUGAAUGUGCGGUUGGUGAUUUUCAUUCUUGAAUUGAAUUGUGUGCAGGCUGUCGACACAGCCGUGAGGGUCUUGAAGGAAGGCGGGAUGGAUGCUAUUAAGCUGGAAGGUGGGGCCCCUUCAAGAAUCACUGCAGCCAAAGCGAUAGUCGAGGCCGGUAUUGCCGUGAUGGGCCAUGUGGGACUUACACCUCAGGCCAUUAGUGUUCUCGGAGGUUUCAGGCCACAGGGAAGAAAUGUCGAUAGUGCAGUCAAGGUUGUGGAGACUUCAAUGGCCUUGCAAGAGGCGGGAUGUUUUGCUGUUGUGUUGGAAUGUGUUCCUCCGCCUGUGGCUGCAGCCGCAACUUCGGCUCUUCAGAUCCCUACCAUUGGCAUAGGGGCUGGGCCUUUUUGCAGUGGUCAGGUUUUGGUUUACCACGACCUUCUCGGGAUGUUACAGCACCCGCACCACGCGAAGGUAACUCCAAAGUUCAGUAAACAGUACGCGCGCGUGGGGGAAGUGAUCAACAAGGCUCUCGUUGAGUACCAAAAAGAAGUCACAGACGGAACUUUUCCGGGCCCGGCCCACAGCCCAUAUAAAAUCAGCAAAGCUGACACGAACGGGUUUUUGCAGGCACUGGAGAAAAUGGGUUUGGGUGAUGCUGCAGUAGCAGCAGCAGAUGCAGCUGAAAAAUUUGAAGCCACAGAAAAAUGA